AUGGUCGACGCGCGGAUGGUUUUCGAGAGCAUGCCUCGUCGUGAUGUGGUGCUCUGGACGAGCUUGAUACAAGGCUUUGUGGACAACGGGGAAAGCAAGCUGGCUCUCGUGUUCUUCGAAGAUAUGAAGCUAUCUGGGUGCUGUCCAAACUCUCAGACGUGUGUUGCUGCGCUUGCCGCCUGUGCGAGCUCGGCAAUGCGAGAAGAAGCGGUGGAUGUCGACGGCAAACUCGAAGCUCGCAAGGUCUUCGAUGGCAUGGCUGGCCGAUGUAAGUGGAGACAGCAAGCUGGCCUUGGAGGUGUCUUUGGCAUGGCUCGGGAGAACGAUCCGGACGAGAGAACGUUUGUUGCUGCGCUCAUGGCCUGCAUCCACCUUUCAGCGUCCGAGCCACCUGUUCCGCGAGAAGAUGGAAAGCUAGUGCGAAUCCAGAGCCUAGAAAAGGGGAUGGAGAUUCAUUCUCUCGCCGCGAAGUUUGGACGCUGCGAGCACAGAUUUGUCGGGAGCAGCUUGGUGGACAUGUAUGCCAAGUGUGGAGAUAUGGUGAAAGCUCGAGCAGUUUUCAAACGCAUGCCUAGCCGGGACGUUGUCGCUGAGCUUUACAGGCGUGGGCUGGAAGACGAUCAAGUUGUGGGGAGUAAACUUCUACAGGAAGUGCGGAGUUAUGAGUGCGAGCACUUGUUUGGAUCUCUGGCAGUCCGAGAUAUCGUCGCCUGGAAUGCACUGAUCACAGGAUUCGGCCAACAGGGUGACACGUCGCGCAUGUUCGAAGCCUGUCGUGAGAUGCGAGAAGAUGGCGUGCGAGCAAACGCCAUCACGUUUGUCUCGGUCAUCACUGCUUGCAGCCACGGCGGCCUAGUUGAACGAGGCAGGGAGUUUUUCCAGGCAAUGGACCCGGACUCUGGCAUUGUUUGCGGGAUUCAUCACUACAGCAGCUUGGUGGAUCUCGUAACCGAAAGUCCUCGAGAGCAUGCCUUUGAGAGCGGAUGCUGUGGUUUGGAGGAGCGUCCUCGGGGCCUGCUGUAA